AUGGAAUUUAAAAUCAAAACAGAGUAUUCACAAGUUUCAUUAAAUCACAUGGAUAAAACUAAUGUAAAAAUGAAUGUAAAUGCAUGCUUUUUUACUAAGGAGGAUUUAAAUAAAAAAAGGAAAGAAACAGAUAUAGAAUUAUAAUUAUUUAUAUUGAUAGCAAUUCAUCAAUUUUUAACAGAAACAGGUAAGCUACAAUAUAAUACAGCAAUGCAUUCCUAUUCUUUGAUUUUAAAAAGAUAAAUGUAUUUGUUUUAUUAAAAAUUUAAGGUUUGAAUACUGUACAGGAAUUGAUAGAAAGAUUUCAAAAUAUGAUAAUAUAUUAUUAAUUUCAUAGAUAUUAAUGGAGAGAUGGAGACAAACUAUUAAAAAACUAAAAUUAAAAACUAUAAAAUAAUAUCAGGUGAAAUGA